AUGCAAUCUGUUGCAUUAGCUGAACCUAAUUUAAAACCAAAUAAUGCUACUGGUUAAAGAAAAAGCAUUUUAAAGAAUACGUUGGGUCCAACAUAAUAAUUUGACUCAAACCUGAAUAAUAUAACAGAUAUUUAGGUAUUAAAUAACAAUAUUAGAAGACCUUCAAAAUUUAGUCAAAAGUCAGAUGAAAAGAUUAGAAACAUAGCAUCAUAGCAAAAUAUGUCUAGAAUUAAUUUAUCACAACAGCCAUCUUCUAAAGGAAAAGAAAGAUUAUCAAACAAAGAUGGAAAGAAGAUAGAUGUGUUUAAUUUGAAUGAAAAUUAAAAAUACCCAAAACUAGCUGAACUUCAUGAUUCAAUAUACUUUCAACUAAUAUUAGCUAUAUUUACUAUAUAUGCUCUAUUUGGAGACGAUAUAAGAGUAGCUGCAACUACAAAAGGAGCCGAUCCUUACUUUGAUGCCAUAACUAUUACUUGCAUUUCAGCGUUUGCAUUUUAAAUAAUAAUAUAGUCUAUAUCCUAUCCUCAGUACAGAUAUUCAUUCUUUUUUUGGCUAGAUAUUGUAUCUACAUCAACUAUGCUACUUGAUAUUUAGUCUCUAAAUAGAGUGAUAUUCUUUUAAAAUAAUAUAAGAAACACUAUUUAGUUAACAAGAGCAAGUAGAGCUUCUCGUGUUGGAACCAGAGCUGGUAGGGUUGUACGUCUUAUAAGGCUCAUAAGAAUUACAAGAAUAUAUAAGUAAGCUGUUGAGUAAAAAUAGAGAUUGGAGAAAAAAAAAUUAGAAAACUUAAAUUGUUAAAAUAAAUCAGGUAAAAAGUCAUUAAAAAACAAAUAAAAAAAUAAGAAUCCUGAUGGAACUGUAACAAAUUCAUAAAAUAAUUCAAACAAAGAUGGUAAUCAUGGUGAAAGGGGUAGUAUAGAAUUACCAAAAAGUAAGGAAAAUAGAAAUAGUGAUAGAAAAAACAACUAAACAAAUCAAAAUAUAGAUAGUUAAUUGAAUAUCAGUAAGAAUGAAUCUGAAAAUUUAGAGGAAUUACAAUAAGCCAAACUUAAAGAAUCCAAGGUAAGUAAGCGUUUGUCAGAUUUAACAACUAAGAAAGUUGUUAUUGUGAUCUUGCUGCUUCUUUUUCUUUUACCUAUGUUUUAAAAGAGUUUUUACUUUGAUUUACCUUAUUCAAGUGACUUUCAUCUUAUUGCCCUUGCUAGAUAUUGUUAACUAUCAACCUCUUCUAUUUAAAACAUAUAUUCAAGCAUUUCAAAUACAUUAACUACAUUGUAAGGUUUGAAAUCUCCGUGUGUUUAUUUCACCUAACCUUUUAGCUAAACUAGCCUUGAUUGGGUUUCGGACUCAUAUGAUAAUUAUAGAGACUCAGAAUUAUUACCUUCUGUAUCAUAUUUAGAUAGAAAUAUAUUUUUAUAGAACCAUCCUGACUUAAUAUCUUCAUAAGGUACAAUACUAAAAAGUGAUGAUCCACUUGUUUUUAUAUCAGUUGUUAAUGUUAGAGAUUUGUCAGUAUUAGAUGCUAUCCUUUCUAUUUGUAGAACAAUUUUCGUUUCUAUAGUACUUUUGCUUGCAGCCUUCUUUUUUUCAUAGGAUGCAUAAAAGUUAGCUCUUGGACCUAUUGAACGUAUGAUUAAUAAAGUCAAUUAAAUUGCAAAUGAUCCACUUUCAGCUAAAGAUUAAGAGCUUAUAGAUGAGUCUUAGGAUUAGUAUGAAACAAGAAUUAUUGAAAAUGCUAUUGUAAAGAUUGGAGCGCUGCUUGCUCUCGGUUUUGGUGAAGCAGGAAGUGAAAUUAUAGGAAGCAACAUAGCCAAACACGGUGAAGUAGAUCCUAUGAUUUCAGGUAAGAAAAAGUGUUGUAUUUAUGGAUUUUGUGAUAUCAGAAAUUUCACAGAUGCUACAGAAGUGUUACAGGAAGACGUUAUGAUCUUUGUAAACAAUAUAGGAGAUAUUGUUCAUACUAUGGUAGACAGAUUUAUGGGAGCUGCAAAUAAGAAUAUUGGUGAUGCUUUCUUGCUUGUUUGGAAAUUUUAGGAGGAUAAAUAUGAAGUUAAUGAAGAUAAUACUAUUGAUUUCAAAGACCCUAAUUAUGCAUGCAUCAUGGCAGAAUUUGCUCUUCUUUCGUUUAUGAAAAUAUAAGCCAAAAUUAACAGAGAACCUAUCAUUUUAGAAUAUAGAAAAGAUCAAAGGCUUAAUUAACGUAUGGCUAAUUAUAAAGUAAAAAUUGGAUAUGGUUUACACAUUGGUUGGAGUAUAGAGGGUGCUAUAGGCUCAGAAUUUAAGAUCGAUGCCUCAUAUUUGUCACCAAAUGUCUCAAUGUCAUCUCGUUUAGAAGGUGCAACUAAAGGAUAUGGAGUCCCACUAUUAUUUUCUUCUGAUAUAUAUAACUUACUGACUCCAAACUUCCAUGAAUAUAUUAGAUAGGUAGAUUAUGUAAAAAUUAAAGGCUAAGCUAAACCUAUUGGAUUUUACACUAUAGAUAUGUAAGUUGAUAAGUUGCCUCCUUCAAAAUUACAGGAUUUAACUAUCUAAGAAAAAAUGUCAAUAGAAAAGUAGAAAAAAUCAAUAAAUUUACAGUUUUUGGAUUCAAAUGUAUUUGAUGUAAAGGAAUAUUUAACUACUGACAAAGAUAUGAAACUUAUUUUAAAAGAUUUUGAUUUUGAAUUUGUUAAAAUCUAUAAAAAAGCAUUUGAUCUAUAUCUUUAAGGAAAUUGGAGUCAAUCAAAAGAAAUUUUUGAUACAAUUUUGAUUGAUAAAAAAGAUGAUGGACCUACUAAAGCUACUCUUGAAUUUAUGAGCGAAUCUGACUAUUAAGCACCAUAAGAUUGGUCAGGUUUUAAGCCAUAUUAUGAUUGA